CCUUAUUUCACAUGGGGCAGCCUGGAGUUAUCAACCAUUUGCGUAAACGCUGGAUUCAAGUGCUGAGUGUCAGUUAACCGUCUCUGCCGAUAUCAGCAAAACAAGAUAAGAACUUCAGCGCUAGACAUAUUGCAUUCUGUCUUCUUUGCUAUAGGCUAUUGUCCUUGUCGGAUAUCAACAUGCAUCAGAAAACCUAACUUUUACAGUUUCUCAUCAGGACGUUGCGCAUUGCUCUUUUACAAACGGAUAUCUUACGACGGUGUAAUGAAGCACUGAUAUUUUACACCUAAGUACUUUGUACCAACAUGUCUAAGCCGAUGGAUCACGUAAAACGCCCGAUGAAUGCUUUCAUGGUUUGGUCUAGAGCACAGAGAAGAAAAAUGGCUCAGGAGAACCCAAAAAUGCACAACUCUGAGAUCAGCAAGAGAUUGGGAGCAGAGUGGAAACUUCUCACCGAGUCAGAGAAAAGACCAUUCAUUGACGAAGCUAAACGACUGAGAGCAAUGCACAUGAAGGAACACCCAGACUAUAAAUACAGACCUAGGCGGAAGCCAAAGACUCUGAUGAAAAAAGACAAGUUUGCUUUCCCAGUGCCAUAUAAUCUUGGGGAACAUGAAGCGCUUAAAGUUAGCGGUCUAUCUCAUGGAGCACUUUCUGAGUCCCUGUUAGGGAACCCAGACAAGGCAGCAGCGGCGGCAGCGGCCGCAGCGGCGAGGGUCUUCUUCAACCCGUCUAUGUCCACGAACCCCUAUUCAUUUUUUGACCUCGGGUCGAAGAUGUCUGAGCUUUCCUCGCCAUCGUUUCCAUACCCAUCUCUGGGUUACCCUGGUGGCACAGCUUUCACUGGAACUGGCAGUGUGGGUGGAACACACUCCCACACUCACUCUCACCCAGCCCCGGGAAACCCAGGCUACAUGAUCCCCUGUAACUGUACGGGCUGGCCCUCUGCGGGUCUACAGCCGCCGUUAGCCUACAUCCUGCUGCCCGGGAUGGGCAAACCUCAACUUGACUACCCUGCGUAUGCAGCGGCAUUAUGAUAGCCUAUUGGACUUAGGAGACGUUUAAAUGUGAAAAAAAAAAAAUAUUCAUGCAAGAGGUUAUUAUGCAUGCACAAACUUGUACAUGUGAUGAAGUGCUCGUCGUCCCAGAUAUCACAUGUGUAUGUAUAUUGAUUAAUACCUUUAUCUAAGGUAAUGUUUAUUUAGAGAACUCUCUAAACUAAUAUUUAGCCAUCACCUGGAAAAUCCCUGAAGGACAGAAUAAAAGGAUGGGAAGAAUACAGAACUGGGGAUGAAAGGGUAGGAGACCAAUUUGCCCAUAAUGUGAAUAUUCAAUUGGAAGGUAUCAUAUUUUAAAUAUCUGUUGCAAACGCGCCUGCUUGACUGACCAGUUCCUAUCAAGCAGGCCCACCUUACUGCGUCCCACAUAAAAUCAGAUAGGUAAACAUAAAUUGGUCAUCACUUUCAUAUAUUUUAUCAGAUAUUUGAAUAUUGUUUAAUAAGUCUAAUCACUGGCUUUUAUAUGAUUUAUAUUGUUGGUAAAGAAGAAUUGCUUAUUUCUCGUGCGUCUGGCUAUGUUGCUUUCUUGUUUCAAUCAGAAUGACAUAAGCCUGUAAAUGUGUACAGAUAAAUGAUGCAAAUAGUUAAUUUGCCAUUAGCCUAGUGCUUGAGAUAGGACAUGGAACUGACUGGGUUGUUUGAUUAGAAAUCCAGUGUAUAUUAUACGUUUUUAAACACUGUUUUAUAGAUGUCUGUAAUAUUUAUUGUUUAGUGGAAUCAUUAUGGUGACCCAGUUUAUUGAACAGAGGACUGUCCUUGUCCUGUAACAUUUGCACAGGAAUUAUGAAGUGCUUGUAGGAUGUAAUUUAUUUAAAGAGUCACUCUGCCAAGUAUGACUGCCCAAACAUUUUUUUUUUUAAUUCGACUAUAAUUCUUGGCCUUACUUUCAACAUUGACCAAUCUCAAAAUGUUAAUUGAUAUUUUUGGUUUACUGAACCCUCUGCAUUUAUGUGCAUAUGGAGCAUCAUUCGUUUUUACUAACUCUGAAGAUGUAUAUUUUGUGUUUUAUUUAACACCACUUACAUGUACUUUAAACUCUUAAAUGCUAUUCUGUUCAUUUGUUGAACAAAGGAUUAUAAUAAAGCGUAUGCGGACAAACAGAA